AUGCAGUCAACAUCCACCCACAAGUUGGAAACCUUGAAUGAGGCCGUUUUCACGGGCGAUCUUAUCCUUCUUUUCGCUCCGGGGCAAAAGCCAGCCAUGCUCCUUGUCGAAUUAUCUCCUGGCAGCCGGAGCUCGAAUCCCAAAGCGUCACGAAUCACCGUACGACAAGUGGGGGUGCACUAUCUGAAAAAGCCGGGAUACUGUAGAGUGUCCGGCCCAGACGUCUAUUUUGGCAAGGGGGAAGGCGAUGAUACAUCAGAUGACGAUGACACUGCGAGUGAAGCAAGCGUCGACGCUUCCGCGCGUCCACUUAGUGCGUAUGUGGCUCGAUUCCCUGAGGAAUGUCAGGUGGAAUACCGCGUGAACCCCCAUGGACGCGAUGUUCUAAUGAACUACUGGGGUGGUGAGUGCCCGUUUUGUGAUAGCCUCCAUUAUUAUUGUCCCGGCUGUGGCCCUGCCCGCCUGUUUCCAGACCUUUGGGGUGGGUGUGGUGUGGAUCAGGCCUGUCCCGUCUGCCUGGGUUACAAUUUUGCCAUGGACGACAAAGACGCGUUGAGAGUGAUAGAAUACUAUACAGAUAGGCUUCAUAGAGGCGAUGCUAAAUGUGACGGGGGAUAUGCAGAAAUGAAACGCGAGAUCCUCGACAUGGUACGCGAGCGAUAUGAGAGCAUCAAUGCGCAGAGGGAAGAGAUGGGUUUCUCUUCCUAUGAUGUCAAUAAGAUCGUAGAGGGUUGGUUUGAGGACGACGAUGAUGACGAUGACGACGAUGACGAAUGAGACUCUGGCUCUGCACAGUUUUGCUCGCCAAUUGUCUACUAGGACCCAUGAAUAGUGCUGUGAAU